AAAUAAUAGAAAAGUACUGUGGGAUCAUCGAGGAGCGAGGGAACCCAAGGCCAAAUGCCUCAACUCAACCCUCUCACUCUCACGCUCUCAUACUCAUUCGCUCACUCGCUCACCCUCUAGGGUUUUUUGGAAUCAGAAAACGAAAUAGGGUUUUAGCGGAACGAUCAUGGCACCAGCUAGGGUUUUCGGGGCAAUCGCCGGCAGAGCGUUCAUGGCGGCGGCGGCGAAGAGCGCGGCGAAGAAGAAACCCGCUCCGUCCAGCGGAGCCGCUGCGAAAGCCGCUGUGAAGAAGACGGCCGCGCCCAGGACCACCAACUCCGGCAUACAGAAGGUGGUUCCGGUGUCUUCCGAGCUCGGAGACUUCCUCGGCGCUCCUCAAGUGUCCCGAACCGAAGCCGUCAAGAAAGUCUGGGCCUACAUCAAGCUGCAGAAUCUUCAGAAUCCAGCAAAUAAGAAGGAGAUCUUUUGUGAUGAGAAGCUGAAGACCAUUUUUGAGGGGAAAGAUAAGGUUGGGUUCACAGAGAUUGCUAAAUUGCUGUCUAACCAUUUUGUGAAAUCAGUCUGAUAUUUUGCUUUGAUGGUACUGUUACUGAUGGUAACUGGUUCUAGUACAUUAAAUAGGUCAUUUUGUCUUCAAGUACAUGGUCUGUGACCAACCGCUAAGAAACAUGGAAAUUUGUUGUAUCAGACUUAGUUUUUUUAUUUUUAUUUUUUUAAGGUGGUGUUAUUUGUUCCACUGUCUUGUUUCACAUUGUUGGGGUUUUAGUAUAUAUGCAUGAUAUUUCCAA